ACAAACGUUUCCAUCUUGAGAAUUUGAAUUGAUUGUUCCGUUUUUUGGGUCUAAACGAAGCGGUGCAAACCAUGGCAAAAAGUCUCUCUCUUGGGAUUGUAAAGAGAAUAGCGUUUGAAUUAAAAAAGCUAGAAAGUGACUCCAUAGAAGGAAUUGUUGUAAAGUAUGAUCCUCAAAACAUUUCUAUUGUUUAUGCAUAUAUACAAGGACCUGUCUCUACACCUUACGAAGGGGGAACUUUUAAAGUGAAACUUAACUUUACACCUGACUAUCCUAGUGUUCCUCCUGUUGGAUAUUUCGUAACCAAAAUAUUUCAUCCCAAUGUUAGUAAAGAUGGUCAAAUAUGUGUAAAUACUUUGAAAAAGGAUUGGAAACCAGAAUUGGAUAUUAGGCAUAUAUUGUUGGUCAUUCGUUGUCUAUUGAUUGAUCCUAACGCAGAGUCUGCUUUAAAUGAAGAAGCAGGAAAACUAUUGUUGGAGAAAUACGAAGAAUUUGCCAAACAUGCCAAGUUGUGGACAGAAAUUUAUGCUAGCAUAGAAAACAAAGCAAGCAACAUAGAAAAUAUUCGCUCUUUGAAUGACUGUCAGAAUACUUUAGAAGCAGCUACUAGUAAAAAGGAAAGCAAAAGAAGUAGUUUGAAGAGAUUAUAAAAGCAACACGUCAUAAAUUCUUAAGAAUAAAUGAAUGCGGCAUCCUAAUCGCCCAUCCUUUUGAA